CCGCCCCUGACAGUCCCCCGGUGUUCUUGGGUGAACUGAUAUGUUUCUAGAAAAGCUCACUACCACUGGUUGUCCAAGCUGUCAGAAACCAAGACUAACAUGGCUGCAGUAACAUGGCGCAUCUGCUUCAGUUUGAGAAAUACCAGAACAUUCUUCGCUCGGUGCCACAACAGAAGCGACCAGCGGCUGUUUUCCAGCGCUACGCACCAGGAGAAUGAGCUUGAACUCCGUGAUACCUCAGUGACUGCUGCAAACUUCCAGACCAGACCCAGAUUGGAGAGAUUAACAGAUGAGAAGGUCCUACCGUUUUCAGCUUUCUUGACCGACAGCUUUGACCGCAGACAUAACUAUCUACGCAUCUCUCUGACUGAGAAAUGCAACCUCCGCUGUCAGUAUUGCAUGCCAGAGGAGGGAGUGAAGCUCACGCCGCGGGCCCAGCUGCUCUCCACCUCAGAGGUGCUAACCCUCGCUCAGCUCUUUGUCCGAGAGGGAGUGGAUAAAAUCCGACUCACUGGAGGGGAGCCUCUCAUCAGACCCGAUGUUCUGGAUAUCAUUGCUGAACUGAAAAAGCUAGUGGGUCUGAAAACUGUUGCAGUUACAACCAACGGCAUUAACUUAUCCCGACUUUUGCCGAAGCUGAAAGAUGCUGGACUGGACCUGAUUAACAUCAGCCUCGACUCUUUGGUUCCAGCAAAAUUUGAGUUUGUAGUCAGGCGAAAAGGUUUUCAUAAAGUCAUGGAGAGCAUUGACAAAGCGGUUGAAUUGGGCUACAAUCCAGUCAAGAUCAACUGUGUGGUGAUGAGAGGCCUGAAUGAGGAUGAACUCUUAGAUUUUGUGCGACUCACAGAGAAGAAGCCUCUGGAGGUCCGCUUCAUUGAGUAUAUGCCAUUCGAUGGAAACAAGUGGAACUUUAAGAAGAUGGUGAGUUACCAGGAGAUGCUGGACCAGAUCAGACAGCAGUGGCCCAAUCUGGAACGGCUUCAGUCUGGACCUGCUGACACUGCCAAGACUUUUAAAGUCCCUGGUUUCAAAGGUCAGCUGGGCUUCAUUACUUCCAUGUCAGACAAUUUCUGUGGCUCCUGUAACCGUUUGCGCAUCACUGCAGAUGGAAACCUCAAGGUGUGUUUGUUUGGUAACUCUGAAGUGUCUCUCAGAGAUAUUCUCCGUUCUGGAGCAUCUGAUGAGGAGCUGCUGCAAAUCAUCGGAGCUGCUGUGGGCAGGAAGAAGAAGCAACAUGCAGGCAUGUUCAGUAUCUCUCAGAUGAAGAACAGACCUAUGGUGCUCAUUGAUUUCUCUGAGAUGUUUCUCACAAGGCCAGAAAACCGACAAAGGGCUUCAUUCAUCUUUACCAAGCUAAAACGUGACCCAUUUCUUUAUCUGACUGCGUCUUCUGACGAGUCUCGUAAGGAGUUUGAGUUUCUGUGCCUUCCUGGCUGCACUGCUUCAACACAGACAGCCUUUAGUUGCUGCUUUAAGUCCUUAGUGAGUGGCGGUUCACUCAUUAAGACCCAUAGUAGCAAAGAGAAGUGCCACAAUGUGACGCCGCUUCACUCGGACUAUAAUUACGAUCUCAUUUUCACCAGUCAUCACACUAAGAAACGCACAAAUAUGAACUUCAUUAAUGAAGACCCCCUCAGGUACGCACAAUCCAGUGUUCCUAACAACCCAAGGAGUCGGUCCCUUUCUUCUUUUUGCACACUGAAGGCCAAACUGAACCAGAAAAAUCUAAGUGUCAGGUUGUUUCACAGUCAGAGUUCUGGUGAAGACCACACGCAUAAGACCCCAUCAGCCUUAGACAGUCCCAGUAGCGCUAAACCCCAGCUGACGCACACAGACGCCCAGGGCCGAGCAGCAAUGGUGGACGUUGGGGGGAAGCGUCCCACAGGUCGAACAGCCACAGCCGGUGCCACCGUCAUCCUGGGCGCUGUCGCUUUCCGCCUCCUUCGGGACAACCAGCUGGCCAAAGGUGAUGCUUUAACUGUGGCUCAGCUGGCCGGCAUCAUGGCUUCAAAACAGACCUCUACCCUCAUCCCUCUUUGCCACCCGCUCCCUCUGGACCACGCCUCCAUCUCAUUUCAGCUGGAUGAGCUGCACUGCUCUGUUAUUAUCACUGCAACAUGUCAUACCACCAGCAGGACGGGGGUGGAGAUGGAGGCGCUGACGGCUGCCUCUGUGGCAGCGCUUACGGUCUAUGAUAUGUGUAAGGCUGUGAGCCACGAAAUUGUCAUCACAGAUGUGAAACUGCUCAGCAAGACGGGUGGGAAGAGAGACUUUCACAGUCGAUGAACACAGGAAAACUGAACUGCAAGAUGAAGAAAGUCCCUCUCUGCAAACCCAAAUGUGUACCAAUAACUCGGGCUUCUACACAAUCACAAAAUUCCAUAUUUAUCCAAAAACAAUUAGAUUUUCUUUCUGGACAUUUGAGUACAAAUUUUUAACUCUGAACCUGCCUGUGAAGUAGUCAGGUCUUAAAAUCUGUAGGAUCUAACAGAGAAAACGGCUCUCUGGCUUUUUAGCAAAACAGUGUUCAUUCUUCAUUUAAAUUAUGUUUAGUAAAAACUAUCAGUGUCAUACAUGAGCUUAUUUUUUCCUCUUUCGGUCUACAGACGCUACAAACCUAAAUGUAUGUUUCUCAGUUAACUAACUGAAUGUUGAUGAUGUUUACAUUCUGAAUGUCUUUAAUUAUCUGAAGUUAUAUUUCACACCAUAUCUGAAUUGCAUUGUUGCUCCUGACAACACCAUGAAUGAUUUUUUUUAACAGUUUAUUAUCUUUAAUGCAGCCUAACGUUUCAUUAUCUUACUUUAUAAAAUUAAUUUUUGCAUUUUUGUACUUGACAUGAGUUCUGCAGUCCACUUUUUAAUGGGUUUUACAUAAGACAAUGGUGAUCUUCACUAUGGUGUGAGCAUUAGUUUCUUUUGUCAUAAUAAAAAGUUGUAUUCACUGA